GAAAUGGCCUCAAUUCCAGUCCCAGUAAUAAGAGUAAAUUCCAUUCAUGGGAGUUAAGUUUUGAUGAGAACUUUGAAAGUCUGGUUUAGACCUUAUUUUUCAUUCUCGAGCUGGUCAAAUAAAAACACAUGGAGGUAAAGACCUGUAGGAUUUCUUUGUUAAUCUUAUAAAUUUAUCAUGCUUACAAGAUAGUGAUGGUAAUACAGCGGGUUGGAAUACACGACUGGGUUUGUGGUUAACCAACAUUUUUCUUUUGCAGUAGCACAGUGAAUAUGCAAACUCUGAUGUUACCCAGUACGGGAUGGAGUCGCACCAAGGGAGGUUUGGACUUCGAGGGUGCCCAUCCCUGCAGGUGUUUAAGUGGCACCGAGGGAUACGUUUUAGGGACGGGACUCGGUAAGCCAGGUUUGAAACGCGUUUUUCAGACGAGCGGGUCCCAGCGGGGCACAACUAAAUGCUGAAUACACUGUUGUAUGGAAGCAGACGCCGUUCCGUGCCCGGCCCCGCCCCGGGGCGCUCUGUCACCCCGCAGCCCCGCUCCGCCAACAGGUGUCCUGCCCCAGCAGGUGCGGCGCGGCCCGCAGGGGCGGUGCGGGCCCGUGGGGGAGGUUUCCUAGCAACCUUCCGGCCAAUGGCAGCGGCGCUGGGGCCCGGCGCGGGGUCGAGGCGGCGGCGGCAGCUGCGGGACACGGGGCCGCGCGGAGCUGGGCCGGGGCCGGUCCUUCCUCCCUUCUUCCGUGUGUGCUCGCCGCAGCAGGUGGUGCUACACGGGGCUCCUCCUCCUUCUCCUUACCGGCGGUGUGGGAGGCGGGUGUAACAGCGGGUUACCUGCUACUGAACCUUGUGAAUUGCAUUGUUUCUGAGAGCUGGAAUGCUAAAUCUGGCUCUGCCCUGUAAGUGUUAUCAGCUUUAGGAACAGGUAUGCAUCUCUCCUGCAUUGAGGACUCCACAUCUGGACGCAGUACUCCAGGAGAUGCCUACGUAACGCAGAUUGCCAGGAAUUGCACUAAAUACUGCGCUGCUGAACGGGUUGCUCAGGUACACUGCCUGUUUUGUUGCUAUGGGAGACUGGAAGACUGUAACUGUGCCAGUGCUGUCAUCAGAUAGCAAAAAUAUAUUUCAGUAUACCUCAGAGAAAAAGAUAUCUCCUCCAGACAUGAACUCUCAAGUGCUACGCUUGCCACUGCCUUCUUCCAAAAGCAUGCACACCUUUUUCAGUGCCUUCUGCACAGAAGAGAAUAUUGAACAGAGCAUAUCCUAUCUCAAUAGGGAAUUGACAACAUUGGGCUUUCCUUCUAUUUAUGCGGAAUCCAAAGGAAAGGAGUUAAACUUAAUAUCUAUCAUAAACUGCAUGAAUGAAUUGCUUGUACUGCAGCACAAGAACCUUCGAGCUCAGGAAGAAGUAGAAAUGCAGCAUCUGAAACUGGGUAGUGAUAUGGAUCACUUGCAGAACUGCUAUGCUAAACUAAAGGAACAGUUGGAGUUAUCUAAGAGGGAAAUAGUUGGCCUUCAGGAAAGAGACAGACAACUGCAAAGCAAGAACAGGAAUUUGCACCAGUUACUUAAAAAUGAAAAGGAUGAAGUUCAGAAGUUACAGAACAUAAUUUCAAGUAGAGCUACACAGUACAAUCAUGAUAUGAAGAGGAAAGAGAGAGAAUACAACAAAUUAAAGGAACGCUUACAUCAAUUAGUCAUGAACAAAAAGGACAAAAAGAUAGCUAUGGAAGUUCUAAAUUAUGUUGGUAGAGCUGAUGGGAAGAGAGGUGCGUGGAGGACUGAUAAGACAGAAGCCAGAAAUGAAGAACAAAUGUACAAAGUUCUGCUAAGUGACUAUGAGCAACGCCAAAAGCAGCUUUUAUUGGAAAAUGCUGAGCUGAAAAAAGUUCUUCAGCAAAUGAAGAAAGAGAUUAUUUCACUUCUUCCACCACAGAAACAAAAACCUAAAGAAAGGUCUGAAGAUGGGCCAGUACUUUCAGACUUGGAGGAGGACAUUGGAGAGUUAAAUAAAGAGAAUAUGUGGGAACUGUCAUGUGAAACUGUGCGAGAGCAGCUUACCAACAGCAUUAGAAAACAAUGGAGAAUGUUGAAAAAUCACGUUGAAAGGCUGGAUAACCAAGUGUCACGUGUGCAUUCAGGAGCCUUGAAUGAUAAAGAUGUAAUUUCAAGGGAAGACCAUGAGCUGGAAACUGAAAAACUAGAGUUAGAAAUUCAGCAAUGUAAAGAAAUGAUCAAAACUCAGCAGCAGCUUUUACAGCAACAGCUUAUGUCUCCAUGUGAUGAUGACACCACUCUGUUACUACAGGACUGCUAUUUGCUGGAAGAUAGAGAGCGUCUUCAGGAAGAAUGGAGGCUAUUUCAAGAGCAAAAAAAGAACUUUGAGAAGGAACGAAGAAGUUUUACAGAAGCUGCUAUUAGAUUAGGACUAGAGAGAAAAGCAUUUGAAGAAGAUAGAGGAGCGUGGUUGAAGCAACAGUUCUUAAGUAUGUGUACUGAUUACAAGCACUCUGAAAAUGUGACAACUCCAAGUGCCUUAAUAGAAACUCCUGACCAAGACAAUCGUCUGAGCUCAAUGUCUCAGCAAAGAAAACCUCACUGUAUGCUGAGUGGUCCUGUUUCAGCUGAAUCCUGCCAGACUUCUCAGUAUAUUUCACAUAACAGUUUCAAUGCUGCAUUAAAAAAACCUGCUGGAGACAGUAAGCCAAAUCAGUGGGAGGAAAGUGACAAGGAAGAAAUUGAGUAAUGCAGUCACAGGAAGACUCUGAAGAUGGUACUCUGCUAUGUAGAAACUUGCACAUAGAUCAACUGCCUUAGACUUCCUAGGGUUUCCUGCUGUUUUGUUAGAGUUAUUCAUAAACUUCUAAAGUGUAACAGGAUGCUGUGAGUUUGAAUAUUCUUCUGAAGGGUUAUGUGGUAAGCUGAGCUGUGAUGUGUAUGUGUGUGCACAUGGCUUUUAAUUUUUUUUAGGCCAUUUCUUGCCUCUUUUUCUUGCAACUCUUGAAAGAUGCUUAUUUAAAAGUAUAUUAAAGCUUUGAUAUUUUUCUAGUAAUGGAAGCUGCGGUUCUGUGAAUGAAGCUAUGGUCUGAAACUUUGGCUGUAAUGAAAUAUUGGAUCCUAAUGUUUCUUUUCAUCACAGACAGAUAGCACUUUUGGGAAUGGUUUAAUUAUUAGAAACACUCAUCUUGAGAAACAUCUCAAGUGUAACUGGCAUUAAAACUUCUUUUGCCUCAACUUGAAUGUACAGUAUACUGUAGAUUUUUAAUGAAACAAGUUCUAUAUUUAUUAAUUUGUGUGAUUUGAAAAUACCUCUUUGAUAUUUCAGAUGAGCUAAAGCACGAAAUCUUUAUAUAUUUGUAAAUAGACAAAAUGAUUAUGUUGAGAAAUCAUGAAAUGAAAUGCAUACAUCCAUAAUAUUAUUUUACAUGGUAUUUGAAAUUGUUUUAUAGUGAUACUCUGUUUACAGAUGCAUUAGGACUUUCAGUGGUUCAGCCAGGAAUAAAAUUAUUUCAAAUGUAAAAAAAUAAAUGUGUAAGUCUGUUUUAAGAAACUGA